AUGCUGACCGAAAGUUCUAUUAUUUAUACAGAAUGUACACGUGAUUUGACGAGACGAGUUCAUUUCGAAAACAUUCGUGAAAGUCAGAGUGAUAACAAUUUCUUCUUACAAAACUCACAUAAGAAAGUUGUAGUCUAUAUUUGUACGAUUAAUUUAAGAAAGAACGCCCUGAAAAAUGUUUGA